AUGCCAGUCCACAGGCUCACCUUUACGACUAUUGGCGUGGCGUUGAUCGCUCUUCUCCUUUCCUGGAGAUCAUCUCUACUUUCGCCCACCACGAUUGCAAUACCACCUGUGGUCGGCCGAAACAACACAGCUCUAUUCCUAGUAACGAGUGACUACGGGCUGUCUAAUGUCCAUGUAGCCACUGCGCAAGCUCUAUUAGAACGGCACACUCACGUCCAGCUGCAUUUCAGCUCUUUUAAGGGGAUGGCGCCAAGGCUAGAACGCCUCUCUUCGCACAAGAAGACGUCACAAGGAAAAGAGGUUAUGUUUCAUCCUAUUGACGGCUUGUCGGUCAUCGAUUCAUGUCGCACAUUUGGCAAGAAUACUUCAAAUUCUAUCCACCCCCCCGGGUGGGCAGGUAUUAGUCAGUUAUGCAAAGACAUGCAAUUGUUCAUCUCGCCGUGGACAGGAGAAGAUCACCUAGCAAUCUACGAGCAACUGAGCAGAAUAAUCGACGAAGUCAAUCCUGCUGUUGUCGUGUUAGACACUCUUUUUCGCCCAGCUAUUGAUGCAACAAGGGACAAGAAUCGUUUGCACGCCAUCAUCAGCCCGAAUACGUUGAUAGAAAACUUCCCUGCUGAGCAACCAUGGGGGAAAAUGUUUUGGAAAUAUCCUGCCUUGGGCUCUGGAUUCCCAUACCCUGUACCAUGGAACAAAAUCCCUGAAAAUAUCCUGCUAAACUUGAAAUUUAUAUCGACGAUGCUAUGGAUGCCAGAUAUACGGGAUAAACAAAGAUAUCUCGAGUCAAAAGGUCUCAAAGAUCCUAUCAACUUUUUUGCAUUGCAUCGGCCAGACGUGCCCUGGCUCUCUCAAACUAUGCCUGAAGCAGCAAUCCCCGUUGAUGUCAUCCCCCAGAACGUGACGUGCACAGGUCCUAUCACGUUAUCUGUAGGCACGGUCGCUGAACAAGAUGAAGAACUUGCCGAAUGGCUAAUAAGAGCGCCGACUGUUCUUGUCAAUCUGGGGUCUGGCUUUGAGUUCUCUGAGCAAAACGCUAUCAUCAUGGCAGAGGCUAUUACCAAAAUCCUUGAUUCGAGCAAUGUCCAAGUAUUGUGGAAAAUUAAGAAGGAUAGCUCGUAUACUGACCAAUUCCUGGAGCCUCUCCUCCCGUUUGCCGAUGUCGGUAGAGUGAAGGUCGAGCGCUGGCUGGCUGCCGAUCCAUCAUCGCUGUUAGAAUCUGGGCACGUCAUUGCAUCUGUUCACCAUGGAGGUUCUGGCUGUUAUCAUGAAGCCAUUAGCGCCGGGAUCCCCCAGGUGAUCUUACCACAGUGGCUAGAUCUAUAUGGGUUCGCGCAGCUGGCCGAGUAUACUGGCGUGGGCGUGUGGGCAUGCCGAGAGACCAGUCCAAUGUGGACCGUCAGUUGCCUAUCUGGUGCUAUUUUGAGUGUGAUCAAUGGAAGUCAGCGUCAAUCUUUUCGGGACAAGGCCCAAGCGCUUCAAUUGUUGGCGCAAGCCAAUCCUGGUCGAUACAUCGCGGCGUCGGAGAUUGCAAGACUAGCAGGCACUGGCACAUGA